GCCCAACGCAAGCCCUUGCCCUCCGUGCCUACCGUCUAUACGCUACUUCCACAUCCUCUACGUUACCCCGCCCAUCCUCUGUCAACGUUCGAUGCAGCCCGCCAGCUCAAGUUCACGAUCACCUCGCCCCCGACCCAUCCUCAAGCAGGAUUCUUCUGACUCGUCGGAGUCGUCAGAGUCGGACGGCAGUAAUAAUCCCUUCCCGUUCGCAACCUGUUCCAACAACGCCGUCAACUCCUCCCACGUCCGUUUCCCGCCGACGCCCAAGCUCAGCUGUGCCCAAGUCACGUAUUCGCCAUAUCAGUAUGACCGUGCCCCGAUACACGUCUCCCCGAACGUGUGCGCUCUCCCGGAUCGUCACGAGCGCGAUUACAAGGAGCAGCGAUGUCGGAGGACCGGCAGGGAUGUGCCGAAGGGGUCGUAUUUCCACCCCCGCGCGUACGAGGCUUGCCACAUAGAAUCCGCGGGCACGACGCCUCCUGCGUAUGAUCCUCCACCGCUUGUCCUCGACGUUUCGUCGGAGUCGGACGAUUCGCCUGUAACCACCCCGCCGGAUCCCAGGUCGAGAAACAUGCCUCCUCGUGCCUUUCAUCAAUUUUCUUCGGGGCCGAUGUCUCCGCCGAUAUACCCUCCUGGCAUAACGCCGCAGGAUAACGUCACUCUCGGCGACGCUCUCACCUUCCUCCCGCAUCCUCCCACCGCGCCUGGUAAGGAGCGCUCGGGGCGCAAACGGAGCUCGACGCCCGGCCCCAAACUGAAACGUAUGCCAAAAUUCGGGGAGACCACCACUUCCUCCUUCUCAUCGCCCGGCCUCGACGGCUGUCUGGGUGGAUUCUGAUUCCAUGCCUAUGGACGGGCAAUGACGGUCUCUCUCUCUCUCUGUAUACCUCGGACCUUUGGAUUGCAUGCACAUUUUCGCCCUUUUCCAUGCGCAUAUCCGGCAUCGCUAGACUAUCCCGCGACACCCCCACGCGCUCGCAUGCACAUAGCAUGCUUAGAUGCGUCUUGCUCUGUCUCAUGCAUCUCAGGCUUGCCAAGCCUUUCUCUCUUAUCGUGACGCUUUUCGACGAACCCGGAAGGGACCGCAUUUGUACCACCACUGCAAUCUUAUUAUACCGCGACAGGGAAUC